GUAAACACAAACAUCAAGGGACCCUGUAAACACCAACAUCAGGAGACCCUGUAAACACAAACAUCAAGGGACUUAACCUCAAGUCGUUGCUUCAGGAGAAUAAAAUCGCUUGGCAUUACCCAGAAGACGAAGCAUUAAGCAGACCUUGGGCACUGAAAGGGUUAAUAAACAUUGUAUAAACACAUUGUCCUGCCCAUCUCCUAACUCCACUUGUCCUGCGCAUGUCAACAGCCUCUCCACGGGCACAUAUCAUCGGCUCUCCGGACAUGCACGUGGACAUUGGUUCAACCAUCAACCUGACGUGUGUCGUCACUCACAGCUCACAACCUCCAGCCUACGUUUACUGGACCCAUAAUGACGAGCCCAUAAAAUAUGACUCCCCGCGAGGCGGCAUUACCGUGCUGACUGAGCGUGGCAACACUACCACUGGCUACCUCCUGAUACAGGCCGCCGGGGUCCCAGACACAGGUAACUACAGCUGUUCACCGUCCAACACCUCCGCUGCCACCAUCAGAGUACACGUCCUCAACGGGGAGACUCCAGCAGCCAUGCAGACCAACGUGGGGGGGACAGCUUCACCCUCCAGUCUGCUCCUGCUGCUGACCCUGACAGCUGCACUACAACACCCCUUCCUCACUAUGUACGGCUGUCAUCCAUAUAUAUGACGGGGUUAAUACAGCCGCUGGAUGACUGACCCUUCAUAUUCUACCCUAUCUAGGUGGUGGAUGAACCUAUACUGUCCUGGUGGUGGAUGACCUACACUGUACUGGUGGUGAUGGAUGACCUACACUGUCCUGGUGGUGGAUGA